AUGAUAGAUGUUAGACUGACCGCCAAGGUGAACGCUGACAGUUGGUUUGCGUUUGGCUUCUCUGAUUACGGAGACGUAACUGCCGCUGAUCUUGUAGCUUUUUGGACAAGCGAUGGAGACAAACACCACUUUGUGGAUGGUCAUACGGACGGAGACGGCCUGCUACUGCCAGAUCCUCAGCAAGACUACAACCUCACCUUUGUGUCCGAGGCGCCAGGUCACGUGGUGCUCCAGUUUCACCGGGCUUUUGAUACUUGUGAUACCAACGACUAUAUUUUGGAUAAUGGGACCACCCAUGUGAUUUUCGUUGAGUCGGAUUCCUCUUCUGGUUUGCCUUUUGGUACUGACGUCACACAGUUACGUCAUGGAGUUCAGAGAACACAGAUUCUGAAACCAGAGAUUGCUAGCGUUGAUGUCCCUGCAGAUACUUGGACCUUCGACGUCAAACUACCAGAG